UCCUCUCGGUAGUCCUACCGGAAUUCGCCCGCGGGACGCCCGUGCGCCGUGUAGCGUAGCCGUGUAGACCGCGAGCCGUGUUUUUUUACGCAAGUGAUAAAAAAGUGUUGUGAUUGUGCGUUAGUGAUUUUUUUUUAUUGAACUAUGCGCCAAGAUUAAACAUUCCAGCACUACCAAAAACAUAUCAAAAUGGACCCAGAAACGACCAUACUACCAAUGACGACAGAAUUACUUCAAAAUAUAACUCACUCGCGACACAUAGAAGUAGUUAGUACCAGAAGUCCACAUUCGAAGCUAUUUCAGCUAAUUUUUUUGGUAGUUUAUGCUUUCGGCAUAGUGGGCAAUGCGGCCGCCAUUAUAGCUUUGAGGAGAGGAGAAAGGAGAGUGAGAAACAGAAAGCAUCUCCUCUUGUUGACUUCUUUGGCGGCUAACGACUUGGUGGCCUUGGUGGGCAUGAUGAGUUCCAUGCUCGUGGGCGAGUUGGUGCCGGGAGCGAAAGAGACACAGAUGUUCUGCGCCAUCAGAGUGGUACUCCGAGUAUUCGGGAUAGGCAGCGUCUGCAUCGCCGUCACUAUGGCGCUGGAGCGGUACUUGGCACUCACGAGACCUUUCCUGUAUCAGAAGCAAGUGACAUACUACGUGAUCCGCCUGACUCUGCUCAUCUCUUGGUUCUGGGCGGCUGUGCUGACCUGCGCACCCAUCUUUGGCUUGGGCCUGUAUUACGACGGCAAGAAGUGCGUCAGAUACCGCAACGCCGUCAACAAUGUGGACUUUGUCUAUGCUAUCUUCUAUGUUAUCUUUGGUACAUUUCUCUGCACGAUCCUGGUGUACUGUAACUUAGCUGUAAUCAGGGCUUUGUACGCCAUCACUGCUCCUAGAGGUGGCGAUGAACCAAUAGUUCGAAGAGUCUCCAAGAGCAGCUGCCGCCAACGCGACAGGAGCAUCAACUCUGGCAACAACCUCCACCUUCAUCACAACGCAGCCACUGCAGAAGAAGUGGCAUUCAGCAGACUCAUGGCCACAUUGUCUGUCCUUUUCAUGAUCUGCUGGCUGCCGCAAAUGGUAACAUCGGCGUUGUUCCUCGGGCUGGGUCACACGUACUGGCAGAAGCUGGAAGUGCUAAGCAAGCUGUCCGACAUGUUAAUGCUGUUAAAUUACGUGCUAAAUCCGAUCUUGUACGUGCUGAUGCGCCAGCGCAUUACUAUCUGUCAAGCGAUAACUCAUUGUUUUAAGCGGAGUCACAAGACAUCGACCGAGUCGAUGACAUUGAAGACCUCGUGCUGCCCGCAAGAGACGCUUGUUGUAAGCGACAGUUCUGGAGAAAUGCGACCACUUCGACCUGUCGGUUCUAACUGCCCACAGGGCCCUCACCUCCUCGAUGAAUGACGACAACCUUUCUACACGCAAUGCAGUGGACAGUAUAUACGAAAAAAUAAAAAAGUGGACGUAAUAUGCAGCAACUCUGCUCCUAAGAAAAUAACAAAGUGAUCGAACAAUAUAAUAAAAGCUAACGUCAUUUCAUAUUAGGCGGCAUUUUGAGCGUUCGGAUACAAGUGUUCUUCAAAAAGUCGAUAUUUUAUAAUAAAAUUAUUCGAUUUAAAAAUUGUUACUCGCGUAUCGACUAACAAUUUUUAAAUCGACCACUGUCACGACAAAAUUUACAAAAUAAACUACUUACAUUCUACACAGAGAUGUUUUUAAAUCUGUGACAUUCUGUUUGUUUAUAAACGCUUCAAAAUGGUUGUACGGUUAAGGGCUAUUGUCAAGAAAUUAAAUACCUAUAAAAAGUCAAAUUCAGAGAUGUAAAAUUAAAUAAGUAUUGUACAUUCUUGUAAAGAUAUUAUGUAAGUACUUAAAAGUAAAGAUUUUUAGAAUUAAUACACUUAGUUUAAAAAAAAACCUAAUGAAACAAACGAAUCUCAAAAAAAAAUGUUAAUUACUUUAUAUUUAAAGUAUUUUCCAUACUGAUUAGUUGUUAACAAGUGACACUACGUCGUUUGAUAUAUUAUGUAAAGGGUUUAUUAAAUAAGUUAAAAGAGGUAAAGAGAAGUUCUAUCAAUAAUUUAGUUUUUAAAUUCCAUUCAACCAAAGACAUCACUAAACAAAAUAAGUACAGUAUAGGUCGCGCGGUGGUUUAAGAACGCUCGGCAAAAGUAGAAGGGGCAUGCGCAGUGAUCAAUUUUUAGGUCUAUUAGGUGGGACGAGGAGAGAGGGGGGGCGGGUGUGCGCCGACGGCGACACGUAUUGGUGGAUUAGUCACUCUUUACUUCCCGCGUUGAGUUCGCGCGUCCCGUGUCUCUUGGGUACUGUUGCGCACAAAUUGUUUUAUCGUAUUUGUACGCGACAACUUAAAAUAAUAUAUCAAUUCUCAAACAGUACAAGUCGCCCCUACCCUAUGUCCGUCCACGGUUGAAUAUAACUAUGUCAAA